CUGGUCCCGCCCGCGGGAGCCGCCAGGCCGGCGGGGAGCGGCGCGCGGGGCAUGCCAUCCGCCUCGCCCCGAUGUUUCACUGGGGCAAGUGGAAGAAGAGGAUGGGAGCGAGCGCCUCCUCCUCCAAGAGACCCGUCUUCGACGAGCGAGAGGACGUGAACUUUGACCACUUCCAGAUUCUCCGGGCCAUUGGCAAGGGAAGCUUUGGCAAGGUGUGUAUUGUGCAGAAGAGAGACACUGAGAAGAUGUAUGCCAUGAAGUACAUGAACAAACAGCAGUGCAUCGAAAGAGAUGAGGUCCGCAAUGUGUUCAGGGAGCUGGAAAUCCUGCAGGAGAUCGAGCACGUGUUCCUGGUGAAUCUCUGGUACUCCUUCCAGGACGAGGAGGACAUGUUCAUGGUGGUGGACUUGCUUCUCGGUGGCGACUUGCGCUACCACCUGCAGCAAAAUGUUCAGUUUACAGAAGAAACAGUCAAACUGUACAUCUGUGAGAUGGCACUGGCUCUGGACUACCUGCGAAGUCAGCACAUCAUCCACAGAGACGUAAAACCAGAUAACAUCCUCCUCGAUGAGCAAGGUCACGCACAUCUAACAGAUUUUAAUAUUGCAACAAUAAUUAGAGAUGGUGAAAGAGCAACUGCAUUAGCUGGAACAAAGCCAUACAUGGCGCCGGAGAUUUUCCAUUCCUUCCUGAACGGUGGGACGGGCUACUCCUUCGAGGUGGAUUGGUGGUCACUGGGAGUCAUGGCCUACGAGCUGCUGCGGGGCUGGAGACCGUAUGACAUCCACUCCAACAACCCCGUGGAGUCCUUAGUUCAGCUCUUCAGUACUGUGAGCGUCCAGUACUCGUCUGCAUGGUCGAAAGAGAUGGUGGCUCUGUUGAGGAAGCUGCUGACAGUGAACCCCGAGCACCGCUUCUGCUGCCUGGCCGACGUCCAGGCCUCCACCUACCUGUCCGGCGUGGCCUGGAGCGACGUCUGCCACAAGCGCCUGGAGCCGGGCUUUGUCCCCAAUAAGGGCCGCCUGCACUGCGACCCCACCUUCGAGCUGGAGGAGAUGAUUCUGGAGUCGAGGCCUUUGCACAAGAAGAAGAAGAGGCUGGCAAAGAACAAGUCGAGGGACAACAGCAAAGACAGCUCACAGUCUGAAAAUGACUAUCUCCAAGAAUGCCUUGAAGCUAUCCAGCAAGACUUUGUCAUCUUUAACAGAGAGAAGCUAAAGAGGGGCCAAGAGCAGACAGGCGAGUCCACGUCCCCGCCCGAGACCACCGAGGAGGCGGAGGCGGAGUCCGAGCCGUCCAAGCUGUCCAUGUGCAGCCCAGUGUGCUCCUCGGCGGGCAGCGGCUAGGCUGCGGCACGGCACGGCACAGCAACCGCUCAGGCUGCGCCGGGCACCGCGGGCGCUCCUCCACACCGGCACCGGCACCGGCAUGGCCGGGCAGCACCCACACUGCUCCUGCAAAGCUGUAGCAAAGAGAGUUCCUGCCGCACCGCGCUCGGGGCGUGCGGGCGGCCAGCUCGGCGCGCCGGCGCCUGCCCUGCGUACAGGCACUUGCUAUGCAACUUGUCAGAGGAGGGACAGCGACGUCUUUACCCUUUCCUUUUAAUGUCAGAUUGCUGACCUGCACACGUUUUUGAUACGAUGACAAACCAGAGGUUACGUCCGUGGGUAGGGCAAGGGAAGGCUCGAGGUGAGGGGGAGGCUGAGCAGGCAGGCUGGGCUGGGCUUUGGUGUUCUCUGCUGGCGAAGGCUGCGGUGGGGACCAGCCGUCUCCUGUGCACCGGCACAGCCCUGGGGGCAGCAGCCUCUAGAGCCUCGGGCUGUCUGGGCCCUGCAGCGUAAGGACACCCCAGGCACAUCCUUGUUCUCUCGUCACCUGUCAGAGUUUCUUUCCUGACUUGUGGCAAAUAAAUGUUUUUUGUGCACUCCAUGAAUUCAUCUGAGGCUGGGUAGUGAUUGAACACGCGGUGGAGAUGCAGAAGCUAUGUCAGAACCUUUGCUUGGCUCGCGUGGCCGCUGCGGGUGCUGAGGAGCUGUGCCACGGACCCGAGCGUUGGCUUGUCUGCGCGGGUUUGGGCGAUGCAGUUUAUCACGGGUUCAGGUUUCAUUGGAGGCAAAGUGGGUGGCCUUUCAGUGCUGCUCGUUCAUGGAAGAGGGCAGUAUCUUAUUUCACCCUUCAGUUUAUUUUCAGUGUAGAGUAGAAGUACUGUAUAUAAUUUACCAAUACCUGUUUUAACUUCUUAAUAAGGGGGCAAGACCUUCAUUUGUUCCUUGGAUGUCGCCUUUCUUCUUGUUUCACAAGCCUUCACUGUAUUAGUAGCUUAACCUGCUGUAGAGUGGCUUGUGGUUGCUGUUGCUAGAAGUGAGCCUGGUGUCCUGCUGCAGCGUCCGGCUGUUGCGGCACACGGGUGUCGUUAGGACCACGCACAGCGAGGCUCCCAGCGUCAGGCUGCUGCCACGCAGCAGGAGGUCACUGGUGCCAUCCUUACGGUGUAUUUGCAGCACAAAAGCAGGUAGAUGGAGUUUUUAACAGAGACAGGCUCUUCCAGGACAAUCUUGGUUGCAUUUUUCAUUUCCAUUGGUAAUGGGAAAGGUGUUGCUGGUCCAGAACAGUUUGAUAUGAAAAAUGACACGUUUAUUCCACAGUUUUAUGUGGAAAUGGGAUGUGGCUGAAACGGUGCAGAACCGCGGUUCUGUCGGAGGGUAAAAGUGUUGAGGUAUGCAGUCAGGACUGGCAGGGGAGGGGAGCCAGAGCUCUGGCAGCAGCUGCAUUUGUUUUGAGGGCAGAGCCUGGUGGGUGAGCAGCCCUGGCCGUGCCUGCUGAGGGACGAGGCUCAGCCGCGGGGCCUGGCACCGGCACCUCGUUAGGAGCGGCGUUAACGACGGCGUGACGGGGGCUGCAGCUGGGAGGACGUGUCUCAUCAGAGGUGUCCAUCACUUCCUUUAGGACAAGUGACAAACGAGGUCGAGGUCAGUGUGUGCAGAGAGGAGCUGGCUCACUUCCAGGAUGGAUGUUUCUCACCCCAAAACCUCUGUGUCAGUCAUUGACGUCCCUGGCACUGGGCUGUGGCUGCCGGCACAGCCCGGCUGCCCUGGGGCUGCCCCGGGGCAGGGGGCCGCCGUGGGUGCCAGCUGCAGCCGUGGGUGCCGU